GAGGCUGCGGCUUCUCGGCUCUCGCAGGUUCCCCAUUGGGCGCCGCCCUCCAAUGACCGGAGCGUGGCGGCCCCGCCUCCGCAGGCUACCAGGGCCCUAGCCGCUGCGGGCUGCUGCAGCUGCUUGGGGACAUUCAUCCCUGGACUGAGUACCGACUUCCUUCCCAGAUUCAGAUCUCGUUGCUGUCCCGGGGACGCCACCGGAUCUUCUCCCGGAUCCUUUUCCUCCUGGUUUUCUUUUUCCUCCCGCCACCGCCCCUCUCCGAAUCCCGUCUCCCAACUCCGCUUUUCCCUCCCCUACUCCCAGACCCCCAUAGACGUAGCAUCCCACCUGCUCUCCUGGCUUCUGCCUCCUUGACCAGCUAGUCCCUGUCAUAACCUUCUCGCCUCCUUCUUCCCUUUGCUAGCCCCUGACUCCCAGAUUCCAGUUAACCCUUGACCUCUUGACAUUUGACCCUGACUUUCUUGACUCCAGACUUCUAAAUUCUCACAUCCUGUAACCUGGAUUGCUGAAACUGAAGUCUUCCCCGUGAUUUGUGACUACUGAAACUCACUUUGACUUUCUUACCCCUGGGUCAGUUCCUGCUACUGCUACCCCACCAUGGACUUCUUGAUGAGCGGCCUGGCAGCCUGUGGGGCCUGUUUGUUCACCAACCCCCUGGAGGUGGUGAAGACCAGGAUGCAGUUGCAGGGAGAACUACAGGCACCUGGCACCUACCCGAGGCAUUACCGAAACGUCUUCCAUGCCUUCAUCACCAUCGGCAAAGUGGAUGGCCUGGCUGCUCUGCAGAAGGGCUUAGCCCCUGCCCUUUUAUACCAGUUCUUAAUGAAUGGCAUCCGGCUGGGCACCUACGGGCUGGCUGAGGCGGGGGGCUACCUGCACACAGCCGAAGGCUCCCUCAGCCCUCCGCGCAGUGCUGCCGCUGGGGCCCUGGCUGGGGUCAUGGGAGCCUACUUGGGAAGCCCCAUCUACAUGGUGAAGACACACCUACAGGCACAGGCAGCCUCAGAAAUUGCUGUAGGACACCAGUAUAAGCAUCAGGGCAUGUUUCAAGCACUAACCGAGAUUGGCCAGAAACAUGGCCUGGUGGGGUUGUGGCGUGGGGCUCUAGGUGGCAUGCCCCGAGUUGUCAUCGGUUCCUCCACCCAGCUGUGCACCUUCUCAUCCACCAAGGACCUCCUGACUCAGUGGGAGAUAUUUCCUCCCCAGAGCUGGAAGGUGGCUCUGGCAGCGGCCAUGGUGAGUGGCAUUGCAGUGGUCCUAGCCAUGACACCCUUUGAUGUGGCCUGCACAAGACUCUACAACCAGCCCACAGAUGCCCAGGGCAAGGUACUUCAAAUUCAACACACCCUAAGCAGAGCAUAUCAUCAGCCUCCCAAACAUGUACCAUCUUCUGUCAAGGCUGCCAGCCUAAAGGCCUCUAAAGACCUGAGAUUCCAGUCUCCAUUUUCUGGGAAAUUUCUUUAAUCAAGAUGCUGACUUUCCUGAAGAAACUGAGAUCUUAGGAGUGGAGAAGUACACCUUCUGCAAGUUCACCAGCACGUGUGGACCUCAACCAGCUGCAAGACAUGUCCUCUGAGCAGCUGAUGCAGCAGCAGUGCCUGGAUUCAGCAGUGACUGAACCCUAUUCUAUGACAGGGAUAGUUCAUGGAGAAGCCCCAGGUUGGAAAGACACACCUGUGGCACAUGAUCAUACUACCACAAAGGUAGACAGCAUGGGGCAUCUAUAGCUGCAAGACCUUUAGCUAGAUGGACAUAAAGUCUAAGAUGAUGAGCCACUGCCACUACAUGGUGAAGCAUGGGGUCGGGGUAGGCUUUGCACAGGGCAGAGUGGGAUGUGGUCCCAUUCCACCUGCUUCCACCCUCUCAAAUAGCCUGCUGGAGCAAUGAAGCACAAAUUGCCCUAAAAAGAUACUGAACUCUUCUUAGGAUGUUAUUGAGAUGCAUUCAGCAUGUUCUAGCAUUUGAUAAGUCUUCACAGUUUAUCCUUCAACAUUGCCCUAGCAAAACUAGGCAGUCCCAAGUCCCUGGUGAUAGAUUGUUUACCUCUCUAUCAAGGAUAGGAAAGCACCAAAAUCCACAUGUGGCUUGUACCCAGGCCAAUCUGAUGGGCUCCUGCCACGGCCUGAAGUUCCUUAUGAGGCUGUGUAAAAUAAAACACGUCAGCAGGACACCUAGGGUGGCUCCAUGUGUUCUAAGUGUACCUGUCACAGGAACCCAUGUACUUUCUUUAUUGAGGAGCACAAAGUUAUUGUGAAAGUGUUGAUGACAGAGUCAGAAAGCUAAAUAAGUUUUUUGAGUAAUAAAAAAAAGAAUCAAGAGAAAAAAUGUUUACUGGGGGAAAACUGACUUCAGCUCUACAAUGAAACACUCAUGAGGAAGUGACUCCUAUACACACUCCAGUGAGUGAAGGAACAAUGGCCAGCUGUCAGUAAGAUCUCUCGUGUUGCUUCCAGGAAAUGUGACCACAGGAUGGUGGGGAAAAGAUGAAGCAUGAAAACACUGCUCCUGGCUCUCCUUCAAGCUGGGUGACCCUAGGCCAUGCAUUUAACUUUAAUUCUUCCUUUAUUUAAAAAAAAAAUGAUUAAGUGCAUUGUUGAAUUCUUUUGAAUUAAUUUAGACACAUAUAAACUGCAUAACACAUGCUUGGCUUGCAGUAGGUGUCAUAUACAAUUACUGCUAUAAAUUCUACCAAUCUAUGACCCCCUGGGCAGUGACAGUAGUUGGACACUAUAGCUAAUCACCAAACUACUGGAAUGAAUGAGUGAAGCCUAAGUUGAGGGUGCUGAACCACUUCUAUCAGAAGGCAGCUGCUAAAUUAGGAGUUUAGAAGCCAGCACCAAAGCAGACAAAAACUCUAUCAGAGAAACUUCUGUAAACAAACAAUUGCUUACCAUAAUCUAUCUAUUUAUCUAUCUAUAUAUAGAUACAUGCGUUUAAACUAAUAUAACAGUU